CGGGGCCGCCUUUGUUGCCGUUGGCGCCUUCCUCUAUAUAAGCGGCGGCCGUGCGCGGGCUCGGCUCGGCUCGGUUCGGCUCGGUGCGGGGGUUUGGCGGCUCGGCUCGGCUCGGCCCGGCACGGUACGGCGGGAGGAUGGAGAUGAAGAAGCGGCUCACGCUGGAGCUGCGCAACAAGAAGCCGGGCGAGGUGAAGGAGCUGGUUCUUGAUAACUGCCGCUCGGAUGAUGGGAAGAUCGUUGGUCUCUCUUCAGAUUUUGAGAACCUGGAGUUCCUCAGCAUGAUAAACAUCAACUUGCUGUCUGUUUCCAAUCUACCCAAGCUUAACAAACUCCGGAAGCUGGAGCUGAGUGAUAACCGGAUUUCUGGUGGCCUUGAAGUUCUAGCAGAGAGAACUCCUAACCUGACACACUUGAAUCUAAGCGGCAACAAGAUCAAAGACAUCAAUACUCUGGAGCCCUUGAAAAAGUUGCCAAACCUGCAUAGUCUGGACCUCUUCAACUGCGAGGUGACAAUGCUCAUCAACUACCGGGAGAGUGUGUUCACCCUUCUGCCCCAGCUCACCUACCUAGAUGGAUUUGAUGCUGAUGACCAGGAAGCCCCUGACUCAGACCCUGAAGCAGAUGGGGAUGGACUGGAAGAUGAAUAUGAGAAUGGGGAAGGUGAGGAAGAAGAUGAUGAUGAUGAGGAAGAUGAUUUGGAUGAAGAAGUCAUUGAUGAAGAAGAUGAUGAAGAUGAUGACCUUGAAGGUGAAGAGGAGGAGGAUGGAGUAGAUGAUGAGGAGGAAGAUGAGGAGGAAGAUGGUGAGGAUGAAGAUGAUGAUGAAGCUGAUGACGACCUUCCACGAGGGGAAAAGAGAAAACGAAAUCUAGAGGAUGAAGGAGAGGAAGAUCCAGAAGAUGAAGAGGAUGAUGAGGAUGACUGAUCCCAGCAAGCCAAUCAGUUUUACAGACUAUGACUGUGCUUGUCUUAACUUCCCCGUUGUGUCUAUGUGAGACUGUAAAUCCCUGUCUCCCACUCCUCCCCCCUUUGUAUGGCUGCAGCGUCCACAAUAUAUUUUUUUAAGAUGUAGAAUACUGUAGGCAUUCAGGGGAAUCUUCCAUACAAGGCUCUCUUUCUCACAAGUAUCUCAUGACCAAAGGCUUUCUCCGUUCUGUGGUUUGUGCAGCAGUUUGCAAAAAAAAAAAAAAAAAAUCCUCCUAGGGUAUCUUUCAUGUCUGAAAUCAGCCUUGCCACACAAGAGCUCCAGCUUGCCACCCUGCCUGACAGCAAAGAAGGUGUUUGCUAUCUGCAUGCCCUCAGACCUGCUUUCUGAAGACGCUUGAGCCAUCUUGAGCAGUGGGUGCAAAUCUGGUUCAUCUGAAUGGACUCUAAGCAAAUGAUCACUGAGGUCUCUCUGAUCAGAAAAAAAAUGGUGAUGUGAUCUCUGGAGAUGCUUGAAGAUACUUUAGUGCUGGGGAUGUGGGGUGCCUGGGGUCUUGGAUGGGGGGGUUGACUGACUGCUUACAAAGACCCUGGUACCUCUGGUGAUGCACCUUGCAGUAGCCCUGUACUUGCUUUCCUAUUUUUUUUAUAAACUGGAAUAUUUUUUCCUGAUGGCCACCUAAUACCUUCCACUUGCACACCCAAGUAGGGCUGAUGUGUGGCUGUGAGCCUCUGCCAUGAUGAGGUUUCUCAUUGCCAUAGCAGCCUUUAGGAAGAGAUAGGAAAUAGCAGGUUUAGGGAUACUGCACUUCUGUCAAACUCCAUUUCGCACUGUACAGAACAUGUUCAACCAGUAUCACUGUGAUGCACCUAACUCGGCGUUCCCCAGGAGACCGUGUUAGCCUAUAUAUUCUCAGGGUCCUUCUGCUAGCCAGUAACAGCUCUGGACAGUUGCCUCAGCGCUAGCCUGGUGUAUGCGUCGUCCUCCUUUUUCCUUUUCAGCAUGAAGAGAAGUGCAUUGAUCAGAAGUCCAGCUCAUUCCCAUUCAGGCUAUUUGCGCACUGCUGGAGCGCAGACGGCGCUGCGGACCGUGUCUCCCUCUGACCUGGGGUGUCUAGAGCGGGGAGGGGGGGGCUGAAAUUGGCCAGGGGUAGCUCUCCACUGCAGGGUCUUUGGCCCUUCCUUCCUCUGCCUCGAGGUGUUCAGACAGCACAGCUGAUAGCUUCUGGAGAGACCUGGCCCUGUGGCCUCCAGGGAUGGGAACCGGUGGGUGUUGGGUGCUGGGACAGCAGUGCUUGGGCGGGGCAGCUGCUGCUCCUUGGAGGAGCACAGUGCUGGGGCUCCAGGGGGGCUCCGGGGCACUGGCACUGCGUGGAGCUCCUGGUUGUUGCUUGGGCAAUCUGUCAGCACCCAGCACUUGGAGGUGAGGUUCACAGCGGUUCCUUCAGGAGUGGUGUGUGUUGCAGCACAUCUGAGUCUCUGUUGCUUUGUUCUGUUCUUGCUGUUGUCUCUUGCAUUGUACAGUAGCUGUAACCAUUUGGAGAAGAACUACUCCUGUAAAAUGCAAACUGAGUAACUUAUAAAUGUUAAAGGAAUUAAAAAAAAAAUCAGAGCAGCAGUUACUUCUAAUUUUUCCCUGCAUUUUUAGCAGAUUGUAUGGAUUUUAUAUUAGCCUAGUAACUGUCAGGUUUUGAUUGGUCAGACUAGUCCCAGAAAUAAUGAUCUCCGGCCCUUUUGUAUCUUUUGUUACAAAAUUUGGAUAAAACUUUUAAUAAAGACUUCAGUUUUUAAAAAUC